UAUUCUAAAACAUAUCCCUAUAUAUUAUUCUUGACAAAAAAAAAUGCUUUUGAAAAUUCGCUACUACAUGUAUAAAAAGAAGCCACAUGCCACAUACCACAUACCACAUACCACAAAGUUUCCAAGCAAAACACUUUUGCACCGAACAAUGGGACUAGUGAAUGGGGUCCCUACUCUCCAAUUUGCCUGGGUUCUUUUGGCUCUCUAUGUUGGGCUAGUAUCAGCAGCAGAGAGGUCCACCUAUAUUGUUCACAUGGACAAGUCCCUCAUGCCCAAGGCAUUCACUGGUCCUAACCAUUGGUACACUUCCACCGUUGAUUCCAUAAAGUCAACCAAUCCCACAACAUCCAACGGCCAUCAUUCCACAACAAACCUUCUCUACACUUAUGACAAUGCACUCCAUGGUUUCAGUGCACUUCUCUCCAAAGAAGAACUGAAGACUGUAAAGAAGUCCUUAGGGUUUCUCUCAGCUUACAGUGACAGACAAGUCACAGUUGACACAACCCACACCUUUCAAUUCCUCUCCCUCUCUCCGGCCACCGGACUGUGGCCGGCGUCGGAUUACGGCAAAGAUGUCAUCGUCGGAGUUCUCGACACCGGCGUCUGGCCGGAGAGCAAGAGCUUCGACGACGAAGGAAUGACGAAAAUUCCUUCUAAAUGGAAAGGAACAUGCGAGGAAGGUCAAGAGUUUAAUUCUUCCCUGUGUAAUUUAAAGCUCAUAGGAGCUAGGUACUUUAACAAGGGUGUCAAGGCCGCGAGACCCAAUGUCUCUAUUAGCAUGAACUCGGCGAGGGACAGCGACGGCCAUGGGACACACACUUCCUCAACUGCCGCCGGGAACUAUGUCAAAAGCACCUCGUACUUCGGAUAUGCUUCGGGAAAAGCGAGAGGGGUUGCGCCGAAAGCCCGGUUGUCUAUUUAUAAGGUCAGCUGGGAAGAAGGACGGUACGCUUCGGAUGUUUUAGCCGGUAUGGAUCAAGCUGUUGCUGAUGGGGUCGAUGUGAUAUCGAUUUCAUCGGGUUUUGAUCAAGUUAAAUUGUUCGAAGACCCUAUCGCCAUAGCUUCAUUCGGAGCGAUGGAAAAGGGUGUGGUUGUUUCCACCUCGGCAGGAAAUUCUGGGCCUUUUAUGGGCCGCUUACACAACGGAAUCCCAUGGGUCUUGACCGUGGCGGCCGGGUCCAUAGACCGGUGGUUCGCUGGAAGGCUGAGGCUAGGGAAUGGUUUAACUAUCACAGGAUGGUCCAUGUUCCCUACCAGUGCUUUGGUGGAGAACUUGCCUUUAAUUUACAACAAAACCCUAGCUCCAUGCAAUUCAUCUGCGUUGUUGUCCGAAGCCCCUAAUGGAAUCAUCAUAUGUGAUAACACAAUCCCUUUUGAUUACCAAAUAAGUGAAAUUUCUUCCUCAAAUACCCCUGCAGCAGCUAUCUUCAUCACUGAUGACCCUAACCCAUUUGAGUCCACGAAUUUCCCGUACCCCGGGGCGAUAAUCAGCACCAAGGAUGGCUUAGAUGUGAUCAAGUACGCCAAAAAAAGGGGUGAUUCAGCUACAGCUAGUAUUAGUUUCCAAGAAACCGAUUUGGGGACUCCGCGUGCACCGGUGGUUUCAACCUACACUUCAAGAGGUCCUUCACCGAGCUACCCGGGAGUCCUCAAACCGGAUGUAAUGGCCCCGGGGACAUUAGUUUUGGCUUCGUGGAUUCCAGGCUCACCUACUUCUAUUAUAGGUUCAAAUAUAUUUUUGUAUAGUGAAUUCAAUAUGGUGUCCGGGACUUCCAUGGCUUGUCCUCAUGUUUCAGGCAUCGCAGCGCUCUUAAAAGGUGCGCACCCUGAGUGGAGCUCGGCUGCUAUUAGGUCCGCUAUUAUGACCACCGCGAACCCAUACGAUAACACCCUUAAUCAAAUCCUCGACAGCGGUUUUGGGUUUGAUAUUGCUACGCCUCUUUCGAUGGGAGCUGGUCAGAUUGAUCCGAACCGGGCACUUGAUCCAGGUCUUGUUUAUGAUGCUACUCCACAAGAUUAUGUGAACCUCAUAUGUUCAAUGAACUUCACUACCAAUCAAAUGUUGACGAUCACAAGAUCAAACUGUUACAAUUGCUCAAACCCGUCUUCUGAUCUCAAUUACCCAUCGUUUAUUGCUUUGUACUCGAACAAAACUGGUGGGUUGGUUCAGAAAUUUGAGAGGACUGUCACGAAUGUCGGCGGCGGUGCAGCGAAGUAUAAGGCUAAAGUGACAGCACCAGAAGGGUCUGUCGUGACAGUCUCGCCGGAGACAAUGGUGUUUGAAGGGACAAACGAGAAGCAGAGAUACUCACUUACCAUAAGUUAUGUGAGUGACAAAAAUAGGACUGUGACAUUUGGUUCGAUUAUUUGGGUUGAAGAUAAUGGAAAGCACACUGUGAGGAGUCCUAUUGUGGUGUCACCAAUGAUCAAGACAUGGUGAUUUUAUAUAAAUACAUAGAGAAAUGUUAGGAAUCAUGAAAAUUUUUUUACGAAAAUGAUUAUGAAAGAUUUGUGAUUCUUAGAUUACCUUGAUUAGUGUGUGGUGUUUUAUUCUAAGUAUAAUCUGUUACAAAUCUUUCAUGAUCAUUUUCAUAAAAGACUUUUUAUGAUAUCUAACAUUACUGAAAUAUAUAUCAUAUAUAUCUUAUGACUCAGCUUGAAUGGGAUGUUUUGGACUGCGCUUUCUAUAUUCCAAAAUUGUUGUGUGC